AUGGAGGCAGAGCAGGGCAAGCCCCCUCCCACAGGGACCCUGUGCAACCGCCGUGCGGCCCGCCCUCCUGCCUCGGCUCAGCUCGCGGAAUCCGGGGAGACGCUCACGGACGAGCCCAGCCUCUCCUCACCCCCGCAGCAGACUCAGCGCGUGCUUCCCAAGAGCAAGUGGACCGAGGCUGGGCUGGGGGCGUCCACGUGGAAGGAGGAGGAGCCCGGCUCGCCUCCCAGGCUCACACACACCUGCCAGCCACAAGCGCCGAUUCAAAGUGCAGCUGAGGCUGUGAUUGGCGGCCCGGCCGGCCCCACCCCCUCGCUCACCUCCCGGGCGGCGACCACGGGGCUGCAGUCGGCAGGGCGGCUGGCGCAGCUCCGUGGCCACCGACAGCCGCCCGGCGAGCCUGGGCUCGUGCCCCGUGCCCUGCGCGGCCCCGUCCGGCAGCCCCCGGGCGCCCCGGGCUGCCGGGCUCCGGCCAUCAGCCUCCCCUCCCCUCCCCGUCCUGUCGCCCGCGAACUCGGGGGCCCCCAGCCCGUCCUCCCCGAGUGCCCCCUGACCCCAGGCGGCCACCAGCCCAGGCCUCUUUCCACUCCGUGCCCGUCGGGCCUCACCAUGCGGCGGCACGAGGGACGAGCAGGGUCGGGGGGGGGGGGAGCUGGGCGAGGCCCCGGAAGGGUCAGCGACUGGGGGGCUCGGGUUUCGGGGCGGGCGCUGGAGGCCCGGCGCAGGCCGCGACCAAUCCCCGCCUGGCCGACGCCCCCGUGCCCCGUGGCCGCGGACCGGCGUCCUUUGUUCGCCCCCCACCCUGCCCCGGCCUGCCCCAGCCCCCUGGCUUCCGGGCUGGACUGA